GCGUGAGUAUGCGAGUCCCCCAGACACUGCCGUGGGGGGUGUCAUCCUGCAGUACCGCAUCCAGGACCAGACCUACAAGGAGACCCUGCAGUUCCCCCUGCAGCCACAGGAUGGAGACAGGCUGCCCGUUCACCGGCUGGCAGCCAAGUCGCUGCUGCUGGAGCUGGAGGGGGCCGUGGACACCGGGUCGGAGCGGGACCUGCGCCGAGCGCUGGAGACCAGCCUGAGCUCGGGGGUCAUCUGCUCCCUCACGGCCUACGUGGGGGUGGACACAGAGCUGGGGCAGCCAGUGCAGGGGCCGCUGGUGAGACGGGACAUCCCGCUGAGAGGCUUCGGAGCCGCACUGCGCAUGGCCAUGUGCUAUUCCGCCUCUGUGCCCAUGGACAAUUUUGUAAAGCCCUCCUGUUGCUUCACCAUGGACUGCGACUCUGACGACAGCUCGGAUGUGCCAGAGCGGGCACCGGAGGAGUCUCCCCUGCUGAGGCUGGUGUCUCUGCAGAAUGCUGACGGCUCGUGGGACCUGGACCCCUGGCUGACCACUGCGUUGGGGGUGAGCGAGACCGACGCCAGGGGGAGGAUGCCCAGUAAGGACAUGGCCCCGGCGUCUGGGCCACGGUGCUGGCCUUGGUCUGGCUGCACUGCCGGGCAGCGUGACGAGUGGGAGCUGCUGGAGGCCAAGGCUGUGGGCUGGGUACGGGGCCAAGCAGGGCCCCAGCUGAGCGAAUGCCUGGAAGCUGCCAACACCCUGCUGGGCUGCAGCGUUGGCCCUGCUGUCUUUGGGCUCUGAACACCGCCCCACCCCUCCCGGCUACCCUGGGCCUCCAACUCAGCUGAGCCCCCGCUGAUCCCCAUACCUCUCCCGCAAGCUAUCCUGGGCCUCAGUCCCGCUGAGCCGAGCCCCCCCCCCCCCCUUCCCUCCCAGGGAUCCUAAAUUAAGAGCAGCCAGUUGGUUUGCAUAAAUUUAACGAAAACAGUUUAAAUUGACCCUGUAACUUACAGCGGAGGAAGGUCGUUGUGCAGACAGGCCCUUGGUGCUGCGGGCGGAGACUGUCUCUGCCAGCCCCUCGCUGGAAUAAAGCAGUUCCCCAGGUU